UUCAUGGGGAUCAAGUUGAAACAAAUCUCCAAUUUGUCACAAACAGAAGAUUUUUUGAAAAAAGAUGACGAAGUUUUUAAACAUGUCUCUCAACUGGUUCAACUGCAUCAAUAUUGUAUCCAUUGCUUCGAUUUACUUAAUACAGUUACUAGCUGUAUAUUAGUCCCUGCAAUAUUUACGGUAAUCGUCGGCCUCAGCAUCACAAGCUAUUUGAUGGUAAUUGAAUAUAAAGAAGAUAUAAACAUUGCUCUAAAAAUGGGUACCAUGUACAUAUUGUGUGUUGAAGCUUUGCUUACUGCGAGUUAUCCGUCGCAGAAAAUAUACGAUGCCAGCAGUGACAUUUUUGAAGACUGGUAA